AUGGAAAAGGUGGUUCUGCCCAACGGUGAAGAGCGUGAGAUCGAAAUCAAGAACGCGCUAUAUGUUCCAAGUAUGAGCAAGAACCUGCUCUCGGUGCCACAGAUUAACAGCCAUGGCAAGUUUCAAGUCGUGUUUGACGGGUCCAAGAUGUAUGUGACUCUCAAGAACUCACAGUAA